AUGGCUAACGAACCGAAUCUCCGGAUUGCUGGCGAUCCAGGUGAUGAGGAGGUCAUUGAUGGAAUUUUGCAAAAUAUGUUGGAUGAGCUACCUGCCGUAGACGCAAAUAUGCUGGCACCUCGCGAAGAGGGGGCAAAUCUAGAACGUUUUAACAGAAAUUUUCACAUGUUAGUGCAUAAUGCAAAUAUGCUCAUAGCUGAACAGUUUGCGGUUCUUGAAAAUGCUGAGGAAAGAGGAGAUCAUCAUGCAAUAGAUGAGCAAAUAGUAGGUGGGAUUGGAAACGUCGCGGCAGGACUCAUGGUGCAACUGCGCAGUAUGAUUGGUCAGCUGAUGAGACAGCGAGACCAGAUGCGACAAUUAGUGAUAGAGCGAGGCUUAUUUGACCCCGUAUUUGGACAGUGGGACGACAUGUUGAAGACUUGGAAGGCAAAAAAUUUGACUGACGAACAAAGAAUGCAUAAUAGUCCAAAAUCAUUGGCAACUAUUACCUUGAAUUUUUUUGCGGAUGUAAUCAGAAGUGUGCCGGAUGAAGUAUAUCUGCUUCCAGAUUCUUUACUGUUUGAGCUUUAUGUUCAUUUGUUUCAAAAAAAGAAGUUUCAUUUAUUACGUAGGGAUUGGAGUAACGUGGACAAAUUUCACAGAGUCUUAAAAUGGAAAAUGAAAAGGUUAACAGUUCAUAAAAUAUUCAGUGGAAUGGUGCAUAAAAACUAUCUUACUGAGCAGGUUUUAUUCAAAGAUUUAGAACAACGGUUUAUGGACGACGGAAUAAAAAAAAAUACAGAAUUAUUUCAAUCCAUGCUUACUAUAGGUGCUUUUUUUGUGGAUCACGGUUCUUUCAAUUAUUGCAGCAAAAUCUUCCAGUUUUGUCAAAAAAUAUUAGACCAAUGGCCAGUAGAUCUCUCUACUCAGCAAAAAAUAUUGGAAUUGAAUUAUUGGAUCUUGAAGUAUUGCACCGCUAAUGGAUUAUUCACUGAAGCUGUAGAAAUAUGUACAUUUGUCAACGAGUUGAUUGACAAGCUAGUUGAUGAUGAGACUAAUAGAACCUUGGAUCUAACACAAGUUUUAACUCAAUGUGCUCGUUUGUGGUACGUAAUUGGAAAUUACAAUAAAGCCAUGGAGUUUUGUCUAAAGGCUUUGAAAUCUGCUUGUAAAAGUUGGACUCAGACUGCUUCUCGAGUGGAACUUUUAUGCAUGACGGCAAAAAUGCUAAUAUUCAAGAGGCAUUUUGAUUUAGCUUUGAAAAGUGUUCGAUUUGCUUUAGCAAUUGUCUUGGGUCAUCCAGAACAUGAAGGUCUAUUGUGCUCUGUGUUAUGUGAUUAUGGCGAUUGCUUGCUUCAUUCAGAUAACGUUGAAAUGUCUGUACAGGUUUAUACUGUGAUGGCAAAAUUGGUUCAUAAGUAUUUUGGAGGAGGUUCUUUUCGUGAUGGUCAAGCUAUGUAUGAAUAUGCUUAUGCGACAUAUACACUGUUAUAUAGCAAUUAUUCUGCAUAUAGUGCACAUAGGUCGCGCUGUGACAAGUAUCUCAAAAAAGCAUCAGAAAUUUUCCAACUAAAACGAAUGAAUAACCAUUACUUGUCCUUAUGUACCAGCCAGCUGCAAGCUGUUGCUUUUGUGAAUACGGUCUCACUGAAUGCAGAAACCCAACAGCCGCAGUUCAAGAAAGCAAUAAAAGUACACAUUCAUGCUUUGAAUAAGUAUUCUAGUUUAAGUGCUAACAAUGUGAGCUCUGCAAAGACGUACGAUUAUCUCGGUUUGAUAUUCCGAUGUUUGGGAAAGGCAGAGAUUGCUGAGGAAAUGUUUGAAAAGUCUCUACAAAUGAAGAAAUUAAUAUAUGGUCCUAAUGAUCAUGAAACAGCUUUAACCAUGAUAUCUUUGGCAUGUCUUUAUCUGAAAGACAAAAAUCGAAUUAAUGACGCAGUAUUUCUUCUCAAAAAAUCUCUCGAAAUUGAAAUAAGAACGUUCGGCGAAGAGUGUUCUGGGCUGGGAAUUAUUUAUGACGGAAUAGCGUUUGCUUAUGAAACUAUUGGUGAUGAGUUAGAAGCGAGAAACUUUCGGCAGCAGUUUAAUGUAUGGAAAGACAAAAGGCAUUCGUAUGAAAAUGAGCCACUUAAAAAUCCUUUUGGACAGCUCUUGUAUAUAAAAGAAACAUUUAAUGAUUUUAUCGUCAAGUGUCAUUCAACUCUUGCAGUCUCAUAG